AUGGCCCUGAGGACCCCUGGCAGGGUUCCCCUGCUCCUUCUGGGGCUGCUGACCACAGGCCUGGCCCAUUUGCCACUCCCUGCUUCCACCCCUCGAGGCUUCUGGGCUCUGCCUGAAAACUUGACGGUGGUCGAGGGGGCCACUGCUGAGCUGCGGUGUGGGGUCAGCGCCCCUGGCAGUGCGGUGCAAUGGGCCAAAGAUGGGCUACUCCUAGGCCCUGAUCCUAGGAUCCCCAGCUUUCCGAGGUACCGCCUAGAAGGGGACCCCGAUAGAGGUGAAUUCCACCUGCACAUUGAAGCGUGUGACCUCAGUGACGAUGCAGAGUAUGAAUGUCAGGUCGGCCGCUCAGAGACAGGCCCCGAGCUCGUGUCCCCCAGAGUGAUCCUUACCAUCCUGGUGCCCCCCAAGGUGCUUCAGCUGACCCCUGAAGCAGGAAGCACAGUCACAUGGGUAGCUGGGCAGGAGUACGUGGUCAGCUGUGUGUCUGGGGAUGCAAAGCCAGCACCUGACAUCACCUUCAUCCAGAGUGGACAAACAAUUUCUGACAUCUCUGCUAAUGUGAAUGUGGGGUCCCAGGAGAAACUCUUCACCACAGAGGCCACAGCCAGGGUGACACCUCAGAGCUCAGAUAAUGGGAAGCUGCUGGUCUGUGAGGGCUCCAGCCCAGCAUUGGACACCCCUAUCCGGGUCUCAGUCACCAUGAAUGUUCUGUUCCCCCCAGGACCUCCUGUCAUUGAAUGGCCAGGCCUGGACGAGGGGCAUGUGCGGGCAGGACAGAGCUUGGAGCUGCUGUGUGUGUCCCGAGGGGGAAAUCCGCCAGCCACACUGCAGUGGCUGAAGAAUGGCCAGCCCAUGUCCACAGCGUGGGGCACAGAGCAUGCUGAGGCAGUGGCCCGAAGCAUGCUAGUGAUGAUUGUGCGACCAGAAGACCACGGGGCGAGGCUCAGCUGUGAGGCCCACAACAGCGUAUCGACGGGAAUCCAGGAACGUGGGGUCACCCUGCAGGUCACCUUCCCCCCCAGUGCCAUUACCAUCCUGGGAUCUGCGUCCCAGUCUGAGAACAAGAACGUUACACUCUCCUGCAUCACCAAGUCCAGUCGCCCACGGGUCCUGUUGCGAUGGUGGCUGGGUUGGCGGCAGCUGCUGCCCACAGAAGACAUGGUCAUGGAUGGCCUGCAUGGUGGCCACAUCUCCAUGUCCAACUUGACAUUCUUGGUGCGACGGGAGGACAAUGGUCUGACCCUCACGUGUGAAGCCUUUAGUGAGGCCUUCACCAAGGAGACCUUCAAGAAGUCACUUAUCCUGAACGUGAAAUAUCCUGCCCAGAAGUUGUGGAUAGAGGGCCCCCCAGAGGGACAGCGCCUCCGGGCUGGGACUCGGGUGAGGCUGGUGUGUUUGGCCAUUGGAGGCAACCCAGACCCAUCUCUUACCUGGUUCAAGGACUCCCGUGCGGUGACCGAACCGCGGCCGCCCCAGGAGCCGCGGCGGGUGCAGCUGGGAAGUCUGGAGAAGUCGGGGAGCACCUUCUCCCGCGAGCUUGUACUGAUCGCGGGUCCGUCGGACAACCAGGCCAAGUUCACGUGCAAGGCGGGUCAGCUCAGCGCAUCCACGCAGCUUGUGGUGCAGUUUCCCCCAACAAACGUGACGAUCUUGGCCAAUGCGUCGGCGCUGCGCCCAGGGGAUGCCUUAAACUUGACUUGCGUCAGCGUUAGCAGUAACCCUCCUGUCAAUUUGUCAUGGGACAAGGAGGGGGAGAGGCUGGAAAGUGUGGCCAUACCACCCCGUAGUGCCCCAUUCAAAGGAUCGGCAGCAGCCAGGAGUGUCCUUCUGAGAAUGUCAUCCCGUGACCACGGCCACCGAGUGACCUGCCGAGCCCACAGCACUGAGCUGCGGGAAACCAUGAGCGCCUUCUACCGCCUCAAUGUGCUGUACCCUCCAGAGUUCCUGGGGGAGCAGGUGCUUGUGGUGACCGCGGUGGAGCAGGGUGAGGCACUGCUGCCUGUGUCUGUGUCUGCCAACCCUGCCCCGGAGGCCUUCAACUGGACCUUCCGGGGCUACCGCCUCAGCCCAGCUGGUGGCCCUCGGCAUCGCAUCCUGUCUGGUGGAGCUCUGCAGCUAUGGAACGUGACCCGUGCUGAUGAUGGCCUUUAUCAGCUGCAUUGCCAGAACUCAGAGGGCACCGCCGAAGCACUAGUGCGGCUGGAUGUACACUAUGCCCCCACUAUACGAGUUCUCCAGGACCCUACUGAGGUGAAUAUUGGGGGUUCUGUGGAUAUAGUCUGCACCGUUGAUGCCAAUCCCAUCCUUCCAGGGAUGUUCAACUGGGAGAGGCUGGGAGAAGAGGAAGAGGACCACAGCCUGGAUGACAUGGAGAAGAUGUCAAAGGGAUCCACAGGGCGUCUUCGAAUUCACCAUGCCAAAUUGGACCAGGCUGGUGCUUACCAGUGCAUCGUGGACAAUGGAGUAGCACCUCCAGCCCGAGGGCUGGUCCGACUUGUUGUCAGAUUUGCCCCCCAGGUGGAGCACCCCACCCCCCUAACUAAGGUGGCGGCAGCUGGAGAUAGCACCAGUUCUGCCACCCUCCACUGUCGUGCCCGAGGUGUCCCUAACAUCGUCUUCACUUGGACCAAAAAUGGAGUCGCUCUGGAUCUCCAGGAUCCCAGAUACACAGAGCACACAUACCACCAGGGUAUGGUCCACAGCAGUCUCCUGACUAUUGCCAAUGUGUCUGCGGCCCAGGACUAUGCCCUGUUCACGUGCACAGCCACCAACCCCCUUGGCUCAGACCGCACCAACAUUCAACUCGUCAGCAUCAGCCGCCCAGAUCCCCCAACAGGAUUAAAGGUCAUGAGCAUGACCCCAUACUCAGUGGGGUUGGAAUGGAAGCCUGGCUUUGAUGGGGGUUUGCCACAGAGGUUCCAAAUCAGGUAUGAGGCUCUGGGGACUCCAGGGUUCCUCUACAUGGAUGUCCUACCACCUCAGGCCACCACCUUCACACUGACUGGGCUGCAGCCCUCUACACGAUACAGGGUCUGGCUGCUGGCCAGCAAUGCCCUGGGGGACAGCGGACUAAUGGACAAGGGGUCCCAGAUCUCUGUCACCACCCCAGGUCUAGACCAGCCUUCUGGACAACCUGACUAUCAACUGCCCACAGAGCAGCCUACAAGACCCUCAGGGCUGCCCCUGAUGCCUAUGCUGUUUGCUGUUGGGGGUCUUUUGCUGCUUUCUAACAUCUCCUGUGUUGGGGGAUUCCUCUGGCAGCGGAGACUGAGGCGUCUUGCUGAAGGCAUCUCAGAAAAGACAGAGGCAGGGUCGGAGGAAGACCGAGUCAGGAAUGAAUAUGAGGAGAGCCAGUGGACUGGAGGCCAGGACACUCAAAGCUCCAUGGUUAGCACAACAGAUGUAGAGCCAUAUUACCACUCCAUGAAGGACUUCAGCCCCCAGCUACCACCAACACUGGAGGAAGUGUCUUAUCCCCGAGGUCUCACACAUCUUGAGGAGGAUAUGGCUUUUCCUGGACACCUGUAUGAUGAAGUGGAAAGACUGAAUGCCCCAUCUGGGGCCUGGGGACCCCUGUAUGAUGAAGUACCAAUGGGCCUCUGUGAUCCCUGCUGGCCUGAGGAGACAUAUGAAGAUACAAGAGGAAUCUAUGAUCAGGUGGCAGGAGACUUUGACCCGAUGGAAACUGAUUCUCUACCUUUUGAGCUGAGGGGACAUCUGGUGUGA